AUGGACCAAGAGUGCGAUGGCAAGGGAGCGAAAGCGAAAGGGACGGGCGUCACCUCUGAAGACGAUGGCGGAAGCCCAACGUCAAACACAAUCGGAGCUGGGUCCUCGCCAGGCUCGACACGUUAUUGGUGGUUUGUUGCAACCGAGCUCAAUCUUGUGGCUCUGGCUAACCGUCUGCUUGCUUUUUCCCAACAGCGCCUCCAGCCCCCAUAUGCAUGGCUGUUUUGGUUUCUCAAUGCCAGAGGCGAGUUUGUCGACUCGUCCCAACCUCCAUCGGGCUUCGUCGAAUAUAGUGUGAUGUGA